ACGUGCUCCCGUAUUUGCUGCUGAAUAAGGUGAUCCGGUAUUGCAUCAAUCAGGUCAUAAAUAGCAUAGAUAGACGGAUGAACACUCUCAAACCUCUGGAUUUCCUGUCGGAUGGCCAGCGAAUUACUUAGCUAGUCAGUAUGAAUGUUGAACAUGAAAUCAAAUUACUUAUAGAGGAAAUAAAGCGUCUUGGCUCCCCAAAUUCUGAUGGAAAUGUGUGUGUGACAUUUGGAACCCUGUUUAAUGAUGACAGAUGUGCCAAUAUAUUUGAGGCCUUAGUAGGAACUCUUCGUGCCGCGAAAAGGAAGAAGGUUGUGACCUAUGAUGGAGAACUUCUACUGCAAGGGGUCCACGAUAAUGUCUCCAUAAAACUGCUCAAAGACACUCUGUGAUACUCAUUUCUAAGCUUUAAUGCAAGGGACACAAAUAGUUUGAUAAUGCUUUUUAUUUUUUGAUAUUUUUUUUCAACUCCUUAAAAAGUGCAAUAUAUUUUUGGUAUACUUGUGAUUAAAGUUUGUUUUACCAGUAGUAUCAAUUUUUCAAAGCAUUAACUUAUACCCCAGUCUAAGACUAAGAUUGAAAUGACCUCAUGCACUUGUAUACAGUAUGUAAAUGUGAUAUUUCGUACAUUUUCCAUGAUUGGUUUAUAAAAGAUAGCAUACAAACAGUUGAUUUCUGAAUUUAUUUCAAAACAUAAUUUAGCAAUUUAAUUAUUAUGCAAAAAAUGAUAUAUAUUUAUAUUAUUGAUAACUUUUGUAUUUUAUUUCUAACAAUGAAAAUAAAACAAACGUAAUAAAAUGUGCAUGUCUUGCAGAUAAACUAACAUACAAUGCCU